AUGACCGGAAGAACCUCUAAAUCAUUCUAUCGACAUUCAGAAUCCAGAGUGAGCUCUACACAAGGUGAACGAGUCACUGUCGUCCAUAUAUCCAACCCUUCACUGCAGCAGACAAUUGCGAGCAUUCUAGCGGAACUUUCUCCUCCGCCCUUCUUAGUGGAGACUUCCAUUGUUCUGCAGUCUGUUAAGGUGUAUCAUGACCCGAGAUUCUCAGAUCUCUCCGUGACAUUCAAUAAACGACCAUCGCUACUUCCAGGGAAGAAUACAAAAUAUAUUCAAAAUUGCAGGCUUUGUCAGGAAGAAGAGUCCGGACAAGAAAAAUCCUCUCAUCAUUUAUUGCCAGGUGCACCUCCUGCGGAGCUCUCUUCAACCCAAGACAUUGGAGGUCCCUUCAAGGUGACCUUGUCAAUAGCAGGCAUGACUUGCGCUUCUUGCAGCAACACCAUUACCAACACUGCCAAAGACCUUCCUGGGGUCAUUGAUUUAGUCGUGAGCUUGCUCGAUCAUUCAGCCUCUGCGGUCGUGGAAAGCGAAGAUGUUGCUCGCGAACUCACUUCAGUGAUUGACGAUUGCGGCUUUGAGGCUACUGUCAUGAACAUCCAAUCUAUAAAGAAGUUAGUGACAUCUAGUACCGAAACGAAUCGGACCGUUUCCCUCAAAGUGGACGGCAUGCACUGCCAGCAUUGUCCGCCCAAGAUAGCUGCCGCAAUAGAACGGAUGGGGUCCAUCACCAUCGUGAAACCAAAUCAAAGUCAUAAUGACCCAAUUUUGACGAUAUCAUACCGUCCAACCCUUCCGUCUUUUACUAUUCGCCAUAUCUUACAACACAUACGUUUUUCGUGCCCCGAAUUCCAGGUCAGCAUACACCAUGCACCCACUAUUGAAGAUGUUUCGCGUAAUAUACAGCGGCGUGAGCAACAAAACCUUCUCCUUUGGCUGUUAUUUACGAUGUCACUUGUCCCCGAUGGAGAUUCCAACAAGGCUUUUUUCAUGAAACCUAUGUGGACGGGGAACACAUCUCGCGCUCAGUGGGCACUAUUCUUUCUAGCUACCCCGGUCAUGUUCUAUAGUGCUGCAAUUUUUCAUCGAAGGAGUAUGAAACAGAUUCAUGCGCUGUGGAAGUGGGGGAGCACAGUUCCUAUCCUCAAACAUUUAACGAAAUUCGGCAGUAUGAACCUCUUGGUUUCUUCUGGAGUCUCUGUUGCCUAUUUCUCUUCUAUCGCUCUUUUUGCCUUGGCUGCAGUUCAGCCAAUAUCCCCAGAUGGUCAAGGAGACCAGUCUACUUAUUUUGAUUCAGUGGUUCUUUUGACUAUGUUCUUGCUGAUCGGUCGAUAUCUGGAAUCCUAUAGUAAGGCUCGCACUGCGGACGCUAUCAGUUCCUUUGCCUUGUUGAAACCGGUAGAAGCAUAUUUACUUACUGCCUCUGACGAAUGGUCCGGCUCUUCUGUAUCGUCUUCCGAGGGACUGACAGCUGUUCCCAUGACAGCGAAAGGAGCAGUAGCGUUCAAGAUUGAGAAUAUCCCUGCGGAUAUGCUGGAGCUUGGGGACAUAGUACGUGUUUCCCAUGGUUCUUCGCCGCCUGCGGAUGGUAUGAUGGUCUCUGGAACGUCUGGGAUUUUUGACGAAAGUUCAUUGACCGGAGAAUCCGAACCUGUUAGGAAAGAAAAUGGCGAUAUAGUUUAUGUGGGCACUAUCAAUCGUGGCGACGUCGUUCAUGUUUCUGUAGUGGAUAUUAGUGGUACCACGAUGUUGGAUAAUAUAAUGGAGGUUGUGCGCGGAGGUCAAACCCGACGUGCACCCAUGGAACGCAUCGCCGACAUUGUCACGAAUUAUUUUAUUCCAGUGGUGACCCUGUUGGCUAUAAGCACCUGGAUCAUUUGGCUUGCCCUUGGAGAGUCAGGAAAACUCUCUGCAGAUGUUCUGGGUAAUCUGUCAGGAGGUUGGCCUGUUUGGUCAGUCGAAUUCGCAAUUGCCGUCUUUGUUGUUGCAUGUCACUGCGGUAUAGAUCUUGCUGCGCCCACUGCGAUCUUAGUGGGAUCCGGCCUUGCAGCAAAAUAUGGUCUUCUGUCUUUGACAAAAUGGGCACCCAUCACCACUGGAAAGGUUCAGGUUUCAGAUGUGAAGUAUGUUACGAACAGCUCGUGGAACGAAGAAAUGAUCCUCGGAAUCAUAGACGAAAUGGAAAGUACGAGUUCCCAUCCGUUAGCUAUUGCCAUUCGAGAAUUUCGCGCAGCUCAUACAACUCAUCCGCAAAAUGGAAGUUCUUUUCGGGUAACUGUGGGGAGAGGGUUGUUCGCUUCCUUCCAAUCACUUUCUUGUUCAGUCGUCAUUGGAAAUGAAUACUGGAUGCAAGGGAAUACAAAGAGUAUAGUUUUUGUCGCAGCGCAACGUGACGCUCAGUGGGAAGUAUUAGCCAUCUUUGGAGUGGCCGAUCUCAUUAGGCCUGAAGCAUCCAAUGCUGUUGCGGCUGCUGUUGGAAUACCAUCCUCUAAUGUCAUCGCCAGAGUUCUUCCUCAGGAGAAGGCUCAAAGGAUACAAUGGUUACAAAGACGACGUCCUGUUUUACCCUUCACAGGCACUGAAAUGCCUAGCAAUCACUUCGUAGUCGGGAUGGUUGGAGAUGGGAUAAACGACGCGCCGGCCCUCACCUCUGCGGACGUAGGAAUUGCAAUAGGUUCUGGAAGCGAUGUUGCUAUCUCUAGCGCCAGUUUCAUCUUGCUCUCCGCAGAUUUGAAUGAUUUGCUCAACCUUAUCGAUCUUUCUAUGGCUGUGAUAAGAAGGAUAAAGUUCAAUUUCUUAUGGGCGGCGAUAUAUAAUAUAGCUGCGAUACUCAUUGCAGCGGGCGUCAUUUAUCCUGCUGGCCGUGUGCGCCUUGAUACAGUAUGGGCCUCUCUUGCAAUGGCGUUGUCUUUGGUUUCUGUCAUUUCCAGUUCUUUGUUAUUGAAGUUGUAUAAACCUCCGAAGAAGACCUAA